GUAAUGGUGAUAUACCUAGAAUUAGUCAACAGAGUAGAGGACCUGGCUAUGUAUGUAAUGUAAUUGCUACCAGCAUUGUAAGAGGAUAUCCAGUGAAAUUAGUCAAAAUAUCUAGCCCAAAUCCCACUUUAUUACUUUAGCUAAUCACCUUUUCAAUGUACACUCCGAGAAUACUCUUUAAUUUAGCCGUCUUUUUUUACAAUAUUCAUUUAAUGCUUUUAUGACAGAGAAAAAGGACAAAGUAAAUGGUUAGUGACUCAACAGAAGUAGCUAGAAACUACAAACUUUACAGAAACCACAUAAGUCAAAUCAUCUACUUGUAUAUUUGAAUCGGUAAUGAUGGAAUAAGUGAAUUAUUUGAUAUUUCCACUAGAAAUUUUAGGUUGAGGAAGUUUUGGCAUUUUGUCUUCAGUUUACUUGUUUCAUGCUGAUAUGACUUAAAUGGCAUCGACCCUGAUGGACUGCCAAUUGUUGGUCCACACCCGUAGCAUUGGUCUCAUACAAUGUCCUUCCUUCUGACUUGUGUUAUACUAUUUUGACAUGGUACUCACAAAAAGUCGUACGAAAUGUGAAUUGUAGUUGAUGAUUUUGGUUGAUGAUGCGGGAGGUGAAUGGCCUAUGAUUGGGCAUGCACCGUGGAAUGGUUGCAAUCUCGCCGACUUUGUGAUGCCGUUCUUCCUAUUCAUUGUGGGGAUGGCAAUUGCACUUGCUCUCAAGAGAAUACCCAACUGGCUUAUAGCCACCAGAAAGGUUAUCCUUAGAACUCUUAAACUCCUCUUUUGGGGCCUCCUGUUACAAGGAGGUUAUUCACACGCUCCCGACAAAUUAACAUAUGGCGUGGACAUGAAAAAGAUAAGGUGGUGUGGCAUUCUGCAGAGAAUUGCUCUGGCAUAUUUGGUAGUGGCAUUAAUAGAAAUCUUAACCAAAGAUGCUCAAGCCAAGGAUCUAUCACGUGUCAGGUUCUCGAUAUUCAGGUUAUAUUGUUGGCAUUGGCUGGUCGGAGCAUGUGUUCUUAUUGUUUACUUGGCUGUAAUUUAUGGAAUUUAUGUUCCAGAUUGGCAUUUCACUGUCCACAAUAUGGAUAGUGCUGAUUAUGGGAAGAUUUUGACUGUAACUUGUGGUGUAAGAGGAAAACUGGAUCCUCCUUGCAAUGCAGUGGGUUAUAUUGACAGAGAAGUGCUUGGUAUCAAUCACAUGUAUGAACAUCCAGCUUGGAAGAGAUCUAAGGCUUGCACUAAGAAUUCCCCUUAUGAAGGGCCUUUUCUGAAUGAUGCUCCAUCAUGGUGCUGGGCACCUUUUGAACCUGAAGGAAUUCUAAGUUCAAUAUCAGCUAUCCUCUCUACAAUCAUCGGAGUGCAUUAUGGACAUGUGCUUAUCCAUAUGAAGAGUCACUCAUCUAGACUAAUACAUUGGAUUGUGAUGGGUCUUGCACUCCUUGUUUUGGGAAUCACUCUUCAUUUCACAAAUGCGAUUCCUUUGAAUAAGCAGCUGUACACUUUCAGCUAUGUCUGUGUAACAUCAGGAGCAGCAGCAUUGGUGUUCUCAGCCUUCUAUACUCUGGUUGAUAUUUGGAAUUUGAAGUAUCUGUUUCUGCCAUUGGAAUGGAUUGGCAUGAAUGCUAUGCUUGUCUAUGUUAUGGCAGCUGAAGGCAUCUUUGCAGCAUUCAUUAAUGGGUGGUAUUAUGGUGAUCCCCAUAAUACACUGAUAUACUGGAUCCAGAAGCACAUUUUCAUAGGAGUUUGGCAUUCAAGAAGAGUGGGCAUUCUCCUUUAUGUAGUCUUUGCAGAGAUACUGUUUUGGGGUGCGGUUGCUGGCAUUUUACAUAGGCUGCGGGUUUAUUGGAAGCUUUAAGCUUCUGAGCUAGUGAUGAUGGCUGGCAUGGCAAGUUUGAUUCGCGAUAAUGCAUUUGGUACGAGUGUAUGCAAACGUUAGAUUUGUACCCAGUUUGUCCCUUACAAAUCCUAUCCAGCUGGGACUAAAUUGGGCGUAUUUUGUUUUUAUCCUCAGCCAUUAUGAGAAUAAAAAAUUGGCAUAUUUUUUUUAAACAUUUUGUACAAGUAUGUGCAAAGGUUAGAUUUGUACCCAAUAUAGUGUAUUUUUUGAAGUAUUUUAUAUGAGUGUUAUAAAGAUUAGGUCUAUCUCUCUCUCGCACCUGUAUCGGGAGCUAAAUUGGGUCCUUUUUUUUAUAUUUUUAAUACAAAUUUCAGAGAUACAAGUUGUAAUAAUAUUUCAAUUUUUAAUUUCUCA